GCCUCACAAAAGGGAUCUGAAAUCGACUGGGAUGGUAUAUAUUAAAUAACAAAUAUGUACUUCCCAAGGCACUCCAAUGGAGAAGAAUUAAGCCUUCUUCUGCCACUCCUGGUGCUGCUUGUGUGCUCGCUCGGUGUGGACCUGGCCCCUCUCUGGUGAAGCAGCAGCUGAGGAGACUCCAGUGCUCGUCAUGGCCGAGGAAAAGCCCAAGGAAGAAGUCACGACUGAGAACAGCAAUCAUAUUCAUUUGAAGGUGGCGGGGCAGGAUGGGUCUAUGGUGUACUUUAAGAUUAAGAGGCAUACGCUACUUAGUAAACUGAUGAAAGCCUACUGUGAACGACAGGGUCUGUCCAUGACGCAGGUCAGGUUCCGAUUUGACGGGCACCCGAUCAAGGAAACAGACACGCCAGCGCUGCUGGAGAUGCAGGAUGAAGAUAUAAUCGAUGUGUUCCAGCAGCAGACAGGAGGCAUAUGCUAA